GGAAGCUGCGAAAAAGUGCAGUAGAAAAGAUCAUCAUAAGAAUCGUCGGCAACAAUCUGGAAAAGAGCUAAUUUCGUGAAGGUUUUAAGUGUGUUGCUCUAAUUCGUUUGCGGUGAAAAGAACGUACGCACUAAUUGUACACUGGUUUUUGGUCAAAGUUUCCAAAUUUUUGCAGUGACAAAGGAAAGUUGCUUGCACAAAUCAAAAAAGAAGUACACAGUUCGAUUCUCCGCAAAACGUUGAACAAAAUGGCAUCGGUCAUCGAAAGCGAGGAAGAAUUGGCAUGUUUGCACAGAGAAGUAGAUGAAGAGCUAGAUCAGAUCGAAAGCACUAUUGUUUGGUUAUUAUCGCAGAACUAUCUAAAGUCUACAAUUAAUGGUAUUGUAGCGGUCGGCGAUGUGGCGCUUCUGAAGACGAUGAACUCCGACACGUCGGUUACGAAGAGCAACUCGUUUGUGGCAACAGCUUCAUCUUUGUGGAAGAUGAAUAAUUCGGAAAAUAUUAUCUACAUGAGAGAACAAAUAGCAAGCAACGGGAAAGCAUUGGAGAAGUUGUUUGCACAAAUGCAAUCGGGAGAACUCGAGGCUGAAUUGGAAGAAUGUCGUGAGAACAUUCGUGAAAUGCGAUCUAAAAAGCAUGCCAUGCAAUCCGAAUUGAAUGGUAAACAGCAGAACGUCAAUGCGGAAGAACUGUCGAUUACGGGAUUUAUUGAUAUGCUGAAAGAGAUAAAACGAGACACUGAAACUACUAUUCAAUGUUAUCAACAAGAACUCCAAAAAGAGGAAAAUAUGUUUAGUGAUGUAGUAACAUACGACUCUCCUUUGUUUGCUGAUGUAAGUGAGUAGCUGCAAAGAAUCCAUGUUUUUCUACUGCAUUGAUCUUAAAAUAUGUAACCGAAAGGGCAAAUAAAGUGUUUUGAUAACA